CCAAACGAGAAGGGAACUUCACACGAGGGUUCAUCUUGGCGAAGGCGCCGGACUUCCGAUCGUGCAGCUAUGGACCGGACUGCCGUCGUCAAAGUGGGCGCCGCGGCUAGCGCGAGCGUGUGCGCCCUGUUCGGCGGCGUUGUUCUGGCCCAAUACAUCGUCGCCAAGAAGAAGCGAGCGGGCAAAAAGACAAGAAUUAUCGAAAUGAUGCCUCAGUUCGAGAAGAAGACGGUGCACAUGAGGGACCCCGAGAGGGUGGAGCAGAUCAUCUGCGGCCUCAUCAAGGGAGGAGCCUCCAAACUUCAGGUCAUCACUGACUUCGACAUGACGCUAAGCAAGUUCGCCAUCAACGGCAAACGCUGCCCAACGUGCCACAACAUCAUCGACAACUGCGGCCUGGUGACGGAGGAAUGUCGCCAGAAGCUCCUGCAGCUCAAGAACAAGUACUACCCCAUCGAGAUCGACCCCAACCUCACCAUGGAGGAGAAAUACCCCUUCAUGGUGGAGUGGUAUUUCAAGUCCCACACGCUUUUAGUGGAGCAGAGGUUAGAGAAGGACAAACUGGCCCAAGUGGUGCGAGACUCUGACGCCGCACUCAGGGAAGGCUUCGAGCAGUUCUUCGACCGGCUGCACCAGCACAACGUUCCCGUCUUCAUCUUCUCUGCCGGCCUGGGGGACGUCCUGGAGGAGAUCAUCCGCCAGGCGGGCGUCUACCACCCCAACGUCAAGGUGGUGUCCAACUUUAUGGACUUUGACGACAACGGCGUGCUGCGAGGCUUCAAAGGCGAGCUGAUCCACGUGUACAACAAGCACGACGGCGCCCUGCGCAACACCGACUACUUCAAGCAGCUGAAGGAAAACUGCAACAUCAUCCUGAUGGGAGACUCGCUGGGCGACCUCAGCAUGGCCGACGGCGUGCCCAACGUGGAGAACAUCCUCAAAGUGGGCUUCCUCAACGACAAGGUGGAGGAGCGUCUGGAUAAAUAUUUGGACUCUUAUGACAUCGUCCUGGUGAAGGACGAGACCUUGGAAGUGCCCAACGCCAUCCUCCAGAAGGUCCUCUAACUUCCUCUUUGGACCACCCCCCCCCCUUUUUUUUUUUAAUCCCAUGCCUACUUCAACGCCUUUGUACAUUUCCCGUUGGACACUUUUAAAUGCGCAGCACAACUUUUGGGUUUUUGUGACGCACUUCAUCUCGUGGACAGCGCAUCACACUGCAGGACGGUGAACCGCCACAAAUUUGGGGUUCGGCUUUUUUUGCGAUUAUUUUCAAUAUCCACAAUCGGGCUUGAUCUUUAUCUGGGUUCACUGUACAGCAUUGAUUUAUUUUAUUUUUUUAUCCAAAAAAAAGAUCGGCGCGAAUUAGCAUGACGUCAAGCUAAUUCGAAACAAACAUCAGCUACACACAGAGCAGCAACACAUCCAAAAACGAAUAUACAUAUUUUAUUCCUUUGCACCUGCUGCCACUUUCUCGCCUUCAAGGAACGGGAAGCGAUUACGUAACAUCCAGAAGACUCGCUCGCGUGCACAGUUCUCGAAAUAAGAGGCAAACCUAGGACGCUGUAUUUGUUUUUUUUGUAUGGUUGUCUUUGUGUACCAUAACGUGUGUAACGGACCAGGAAGAAGCAGGAGGACCUUGGAAAAUGAUUCGAAUGGAAAUGAAAACGGACGAUUGACUUUGGGAGGAUGCGAUGGGAAGAAAUGCACUUUAAUAUAGGUGUGAAUAGCUGUAGGAUUUAGUUAACAUAUGUUUGAGUCAGUGGACGUAUGAUGUAUCAAACAAACACACAUAAAAAAAAGCCAUGUUUACUUUCGUUCAGCCUUUUAAAGCCCCCUCUGCUUAGAAGAAGCACUUUAUUCUACAUCGUUAAAACGGGCAGAAAGCCACGCUAAACACACACACACCAAAGUUCAGCAUCGUGAUUUUUUUUCGCUUCGUGUUUUACAUGUGCUGCUAUCACCUGCAUGUUGCCUUUUCUCAGCAAAGAACAGAUGGAAAUAUUUCCUUAUUCUGUAUAUCAUUGAAAGAGGGAAUAAUGUCAUACCGUGUCUGUGGACCUUGUGUUUUCAAAAGUAGAGUUGUGUUGUAUUUUUAUAAGCAGAUUGUUUUUGUUUCUUUCUCUGAUGGCGUGAAUUAGAAAUGAAAUAUAACAUUGUAUUAUGA